GAAAACUGAGCGGUGUAAGUCGUAGUGCUAGUACUUCUGCACGACCUGUCUUGUAUGACAUCUGUAGAAGCGUUAGUACAGCCUUCUUGCUCUUCCGGGGAGAAAGACACGUAAGAAAUCUAGCGCAAGAACAGCACCAUUAUGCACCUGCCUCGCACACAAUUUUACUUCCGCUAUCUCCACCGCUUUUAAACCUUUUGUUUUAUUUCGUCUCCCCAAGAAUCGGAAUCCACUUCUUUCGGAUUACAUAUUUUUGCAACAAUUUCAAAAAUUUUCUCUACUCCUCUGCUAGUUGUUUUCCUUCGAGAGGUAGGAUAGUGUGGCGAAACCUCUCAUGGUGCGUGUCAGCAUCCGAAAAAAAAGAAGUCCAAUAA